UGCGAUAUAAUCUAGAUGAUACUUUACAUAUUUCCGUUUUAUUUUCACUAUCUUGAGUUCAAUCAUACGUUUAUUUUUUUAACAGUUGAAGUAGAUCUGUCGGAUCAGGAAGGGAAUAUCAAACAUCUCAUCGAAUCACCUCAGAGGUACGCCAACGAGGUCCUCAAAGAAAGGGAAUCAUUCGUUCUAAUCAAAGUCGAAAAAAACGACAUAUCAUCCAAGCCUCAUUACAUACCUUUACUAAACGACAACGAGGCCAUCGAUGCUGCCUUUCUAGCUCGGCUUUCAACGAAAGAGAACCUCAGCCUGUCCAGUGGCAAGACAACCAGUAAGAAGAAGAGUAACAGGAAUGCCGAUAGAGGGCGCGAUUCACAACGCGGUCGAACGGGUGCCAAGUCGACGACACCAACCGGGCGACGAAAACAGAGCCAAGAUAGAAAAUAACAUCAUCUGAAAAUAAAUACAGACUUAUUAGCACUUAAUGAAGCUUUUACUUCAUUAAAGUAAUAUGGGCGUCAGCUGAUAUGUAGAAUGAAUUUGCUUGACUCAAUGACAAGUACUGGCAAUACGUCUUUCGGGGGAAAUACCAGCGAGAAGUCCGCUAAAAUAAUUGCCAAUUCCUCUAUUGCUAACUCGUCUACUCCUCACAUGGUCUAAAUUUAUUAGUUAAAUACCAUUCCGUCCAUCAACAUUUUGUCUAACAACCAUUUGGUCCAGUGCAGUUAUGUGAAGUUCUACCAGACAGACGUGAAUGGCCAACAUUUCUACUACCCCACUUUGAUCAUGAUCAUCAAGGAAAUUGCGCUAUCGUGUGCACGUUGAGCAUAUUAGGUUGACUACACUUUAAGUCACUCUUGACCGCUAUGUGAUACACCCUUGAUUGAAUUUGUAAUUAUCUCAUUUUUAGACAAUGCUGUAUAGUAUAACAGUUCAAAAUAAUGCAUCGAACAAUCAAAAUACUUGUAAAUAAAGAGUUAUAUCAUUUGCUUCUUAACGAUGUUCUAGAAUAAAGAAAUGUAUUUCAACA